AUCACACAUGGCCUUGAGAAGUUGUUGGAGACUUGCCGGUGUUGUCCCGCGGCUUUUAUGGAAUAAUACCGUCCAGUUUGAAGCUUGCGUCCCGGGAGGACAAGGCUCUGUGUCCAGCAGUGUCAGCACUCGUCCCGGUUACAAAAAGUUGCUUUUCCGCACAUUCAGUUCAACGCCAGCGAGCACAGUCGUGAGUUAUGAGCAGCUGAAGGAGCUCCUGGUUGGGCGGAAAGCGGUAGUUAUAGAUGUGCGAGAGCCCUGGGAGCUCCGAGAAUACGGCUUCAUCCCCGGCUCCAUUAACGUCCCCCUGGCGCAAGUGAACACUGCACUCCAGCUGGGUCCAGACGACUUCAAAGAAAAGUAUGGUGGUGAAUUGCCCCACCAGACAGAUAAUGUUGUGUUUACUUGUUUGGCGGGAAUCAGGAGCAAGACUGCGCUGAACACGGCCAUCACACUGGGAUACAAAGAUGUUCGGCAUUACUCUGGAGGAUGGCAAGACUGGGUGAAGCAUGAGCAGCAUAGAUAAUCAGUGAUCAUGAAACUGGAAAGAUAUUUAUAUAUUUAUUUGAAGGUGUUUUUGCAAUUAUUCGAGUUUAGAAUGUGAAGUGAUGGCGCAGCCUUGUAAAGGGCUUAAAAAAAUCUUCAUGGCUCCUCAUUUCAAUGUUAAAAUCUCAAAGAGGUGAAACCAGUUUGCUUAAAUGCACAUCUGCCAUACGAUAUUACUUGAAACCCCUCUUUAAUUUCUCUCAGGCUUACACUCCUUCCAAACCCUUUACAGCUUUUUGAAAAAAAGCUCAAAGAAUAUUCUGAAGUGCUAAAGUUUAACUAUGCAAAUAAAGUCUUCCACUCCAUAAUGUGAACUAUUUUAUUAUUUCCUGUUGACAUAUUGUAAAUAUUAAAUUGCUCAACAGGCAGUGCAGACUUUGCCAAUAUUUAAUGCAUUUAUUUAUAAAUGUACUAUUUAAUAAAGUUAUCAAAGCUAAAUAAACUAAUAUUUAACUUGAGUCUGUGUGUGUAUAUUAUUAUUUUUAUUAUUUAUAUAUUGGGCAGGAUUAGUAGAUGACCUAAGAGGACAUUCGUUUAAAUAAUUCCAGAUAUAAAUAGGCAUAGAGAGGCUUGCCGGGGUGACAGCUGCUGGGGAAGUACUACGAUUUACUGUAUUGAAGGUCCUUGUCUAAUAUCCUGUAUGAAUUUGUCACCAACUCUCCACAGGUUCCUUCAUCAUCCGUGAUAAUAAAUGGGUUUGUUUUCAUCAGGGAAGAAUGUUUCCACUACAGUUUGCUGACCACAGCCAUGGACCUUGUUCCCUAUUCCUUCUUUUACAGCUUGAGCUGAAAGUCCCUACAGAAUCAGCUAAUUUUAAUCUCACUGUCUUGUUUAAUUUGGACAAUAUUCUUUUAAAUUACUUUAGUUUAUCCUAAAAUUCAGCUUAAUCAUUGUGAGUGAAAGGAAACUGGCCUCUAGGUGACUUUUCAGAUGCGUGAGUAAAUUAUCUAGAAUUGUUUAUUGGUUUUCUUUGGGGACAUAAUUGAUAGCUUUAAAACAUACCUGACAUUGUUGUAUCACCUCAGCACUUUACAGGGAUUUUUGUUUCUUUUAUAUUUGAGC